GCUAUACUGCGUUUUAUGAUUAAUAUUCUAUCUUCCAUACUGCCCACAGAGACGGCCACCCCCUCCCAUGUUCAGGGAGCCUGUGGGAGCCCCUUCUCUGGGCGUGUAAAAGCCGGUAGGAGCGCGCAGGCGCGAUGGGGCAGUCCUAGGGGAAGCCCGGGCAGCCCGGCGGGUGGCCAUCUUGGUAAAGGGCAGCGACGGCAGCUUCUUGACGUCAUCGGUGUGCGCGACGGGCGGGCACCGGCGGUCCAGGUCGCUUCGGGAGCGAGCAAUGUGUACGGGCUGGCGGGCGGCGCGGGCGGGCGCGGAGAGCUGCUGGCCGCCACCCUUAAAGGCAAGGUGCUGGGCUUCCGCUACCAAGACCUCCGACAGAAAAUCCGGCCUGUGGCCAAGGAGCUGCAAUUCAACUACAUUCCCGUGGAUGCAGAGAUUGUCUCCAUCGACACCUUCAACAAGUCACCCCCAAAGCGGGGCCUGGUUGUGGGGAUCACGUUCAUCAAGGAUUCAGGGGACAAGGGCAGCCCCUUCCUUAACAUUUACUGCGACUACGAGCCUGGCUCUGAGUACAACCUUGACUCCAUUGCCCAGAGCUGCCUGAACCUGGAGCUCCAGUUCACUCCUUUCCAGCUGUGCCAUGCAGAGGUCCAGGUCGGGAAUCAACUGGAGACAGUGUUUCUCCUGAGUGGGAAUGACCCAGCCAUUCAUCUGUACAAGGAGAAUGAGGGUCUGCAUCAGUUUGAAGAACAGCCCGUGGAAAACCUCUUCCCAGAGCUCACGAACCUGACCAGCAGUGUCCUCUGGCUUGAUGUCCACAACCUCCCCGGCACAUCCCGGCGACUGUCCGCUCUCGGCUGCCAGAGUGGUUAUGUCCGAGUUGCUCACGUGGACCAGCGAAGCCAAGAGGUUCUGCAGACAUGGACAAUCCUGCAGGACGGCCCCAUUUCCCGCGUGAUUGUGUUCAGCCUCUCGGCGCCUGAGGAGACCAAGGACCGGCCGCCACAACAGGAGGAGUACAGCGUGCUCGUGGCCAGUAUGUUAGAGCCAGCCGUGGUGUACCGGGACCUGCUUAGCCGGGGCCUUGAGGACCAGCUUCUCCUGCCUGGCAGUGACCAGUUUGACAGCGUCCUCUGUGGCCUGGUCACCGAUAUAGAUUUGGAUGGGCGACCUGAAGUCCUGGUGGCCACCUACGGACAGGAGCUGCUCUGUUACAAGUACUUCGGCCCAGAGUCUGGGCUGCCUGAGGCCGAGCGUGGAUUCCGCUUGCUGUGGCAGCGGGGCUUCUCCAGCCCGCUGCUGGCCAUGGCACAUGUGGACCUGACCGGGGACGGGCUGCAGGAGCUCGCCGUGGUCUCCCUGAAGGGCGUGCACAUCCUGCAGCACAGCCUGGUCCAGGCCUCGGAGCUGGUCCUGACCCGGCUUCGGCAUCAAGUGGAGCAGAGGAGACAUCAGUCCCAGAGGCCUGGGGACAGGGCAGGUCCAGGGCCUGCUGAGACCUCGGCCUCCUGAGCUCCCACCCACUGCCUGCCCCAGACCCAGGGACAGUUCACUGGAGAAAUCGCCUCUAGCCAUUCCUGGUGGAGAAGCAUCCUGAAGGAGGGAUGGUCUCCCCAGAGCCCCCCAGGGCAGUGGAGCUGUGAGUUCCUGCUCUGGCUCUGCCCCACCAUGCCGUGCAACCCUGGCUGACACACUCCUGUCUCUGUGCCUCAGUGUCCCCAUUUGAAAGUGGGAUGAUCACACCUGACUCCCCCCUUCUGUCCCCAGUGAGAAUUGGUCAGCCAACGAUUAUUUAUAUGUCCAGAGGAAGCCGACUUCGAGUUGCCUUCAUUCUUUUGUUCUGGGAGGUGAUUGAUGUGUGCCUGCUAUGUGCCAGGCUCUGUGCUGGGUGCUGGAUUCACCCAGAAGAAUGGAGGGAGGGGCAUACGGGGAGAGAAAAUCCAAGGUUAGACCUAGAAGCAGGACUAAGGUGAGAUCGUAGUGUAGACCUCAGAAGACAGAAGUGAGGUUAGAAAUGAGGCCCUGGCAUAAAAGUUGAAUUAAAACCAACGUGGAAAAAAAUAAAUAAAACCAAUGUGGAAGAGAUUGUAGAAGCCAAAGAAAAGGACUGAGGCUAGACCCCAAUGGGGCCCCCUGGAUCUGAAGCUAGGCCCCAGUGAGGCCCUCUGGAUCUGAGGCUAGACACCUGUGGGCCCCCCUGGAUCUGAGGCUAGACCGCAGUGGGGCUCUCUGGAUCUGAGGAUAGACCCCAGUGGAGAAAACACAGAAAUUAAACCUCAGAGGAAAGGAUACAGUUGGGAAGGACUGCCAUGGGAAGCUGUGGUCAAAUUGUAGCAGAGGGAUUGAGGCUAGACACCUCCCUCCAUGAAUAAUGCCGAGAUUGGACCCCCGACAAAUUACUGUGGUUAGACCUUGUGCCAAGGGCCAAGGCUAGACCCCACCAGGAAGCAGCUGAGUUUAGGUCCCAGUGGGGCAUACUGAGAUAAGACCCAGGAGGGAAAGACCCAGGGUAUGCCGUGCUAGAAAGGACCAAGGUUAGACCUGAUUGAAAAACCCAGGGGAUCCAGGGACCAAGAAGUUUGAGACAGGGCUGAUUUCCCCGGCCCACAGCUGGGCUGGGCUCCCUUGUCAUCUCCUAGAACCUGGGCCCAAGCGUGGGAAAUUGCCUGGAGCUGAAUCACCUCCCCCUGACAGCCCACCCAAGGGUGUCCAGCCUGGCCUGGUGGUGGGCACGGACGGUUGAUGCAAGCAGGGUCUCCUCCCUCCUGCUGCCCGCCUGCUGAGGUGGAGAGCUACAUUGCCUCCUGGCCCCAGGUGGGAGUGGGACUCCAGCGUGGGAUUUAGGUGAGUUUAGAUGGUGUGGGUCUGUGAAGUAUGUGCUCGUGGGCGUGUAUGGGCACCUGCGUGGACACUUCAGGGCUCAGGAUUUUGUAUCUUCAGGACUCCAGCCACUCACCUGGCCUUUUGUGGUUCACUGCCUGACCUCUUGCUCCUCAGUCUGGGACAGCACGUAGUGUAGUGGUUAAUGGUGCAGAGCCUGAAGCCAUACUUGGCCCCCCUGUGCCUCGGUUUCCCCAGCUGUAAAAUGAGGCUAAUAGCAUUUACGUCACAGGCUUAUUAGGAGGGCUUAGCUGUGUCAACCCAUGUCAGUCACUUCCAAAAAAAAUCAUAACCCUGCCUGGCCAAUGGCAAGGGCCAUAUGAAUGGCAACAGUUGUUACUAUUACUAACGGGUGACUUUGUGGUUGUUUCUGGCUUGCUUUGCGAGGUUAUGUCUGUCGGCACAGCAUGUGAAUUUGGAUCUGACUCUGAUUAAACAUUCUUGCCCUCCCCCCCA